AUAAACCUUAUGUCAACGCAAACAAAACUAAAUCAUGUCAAGUCGAAAUUAAUUGUAAAUCUCGUGUAAUAACAAAAAUAUUCACGCAUUUCUUUAUGUGCAAAAAUCCAUAUUCUAAUUCUAUUAAUUUCCUGAGAGUGAAACUAACGUGAUGGCUGAAAACACUUUAUUUAGAUCAGAAAGCAGUCCCGAAGAGUCAACAAGUACACCAAAACAAGAUGACAAACCUUCCGGCAACUGGUGGGAUACAUGGCUGUCGUCGGCCAAAACAAAGUCAGCGGAAGUGUACUCUAUGGUGAAGAAAGAUUUAGAUGAGAUUGGAACAGCAGUUAAAUGUGAGGCGAGUCAUGUCUUCAGUACCACCUCUAAUGCAUUGGGCAAGACUUUCAAGUUUGAUGAGCCAGAAUCCACAGCGAAUGCUGUGAAGAAAAGUUUCAGUACAUUUAUCGAGCAAGUUAAUAUUGUUUUAAAUCCGGAGCCGGAUGAUGAUGAGGAUACCGAGGUGAUACUGUCUUCAGGAGAUACGACUAUGUUGUCUACAUACAAGAAAGAACUAGAAGCAUUGCAGCGUGUGGAUGCAACUUACAUUGUGCCAGUGGAUGCCGAAAAGUUUAAAGCUUGGUGCGAGAGUAUUGAAAACGAUAUGCCGGGAAUGAUAAUGCCGCACACGGCGGACAGACGGUUAGAAGCUAACCCAAUACUGAAGGAGCAGUACCUAAAGUUGGUGCCGGACGCUAUAUCUUAUAAUGAUUUUUGGGAAAGGUAUCUAUUCCGCGUGGCGUUAUUGCAAGACCGUUUGGCCGCUGUUUCUCGCAAACAGCCAAUAGAGUCGGUCACUACUGACCCCGUUUUGGCCAAUUUACCUCUACAAACUCCAAUACAAGAAAGUCCGAAGAAAGUUCUCUCUGGUCUUGAAGAAACUUAUGAAAAAGACGAGGAUAUUGUACGAUGGGAAGAUGAAUUCCCACACGACGUUGAACUCACAGAAGAACAACAAAUCCUACUUCUAGAAGAAUACGAGAAAGAAAUCACACAAAAGAAAAUAAAUAGACGUUCAUCUUCAAAAGAUUUAGUCAAUAAUAAUGAUAAACCGCAAACAUUAAAAGACGAAUUAAACAAUACGAUAGAAAAGAAAAACAAAAAUGGCCGUUCACCUAAAAGACAAGCAAAAUCCGAUGAAUGCGGUAACAAUUUAGUGGAAGAUUAUUUCGGUGAUAAAGAAAUUAAAGAUGACGCGAGUGCGAAUUCAGAUGAAAGUUGGGAAAAAGAAUUUGAAAUAGACGAACCAUUAGGACAAAAAGCCUGACUGCAAAAUCCGACCAUAUAUUAAUUAAAAAAAAUAAAUAUUUACAUAAAUAUAGGACUGUCAUAGAUUUUUAUAUUUUUGUCCUGUAUAAAUCCAAAGGUUUGGUUAACCUAAUCAAAUUAAUUCACCAUAUAAUUAACUGAAUUUCUCAAAAAAACAAAUUCAACCGUAGAUUUCCACCGCUGCGAUGCCUAUAGAAAAAUAUAUCGCCAUCCCAUUCAUU